GGGCUUUAUAACGAGCAACAUUUGAGAUAAGUGAAUUGAAAAAAAAGAAACAAAAAAAGUAAAAAUGAAAUUGAUCUGGUCGCUAGUGAUCGUAUGCUGUGCUUUUCUUGAAGUACGAGGAUACCCCUUCCCAGUGUUCACGUCCUCAGCAAAUGUCGAUACAUGGUCGUACGGAGAUGCUCAUCGUGGUGGCAGAGUUCUAAACCGUUUCCACAAUCCAUACGCAAUUCGACGGGCAGUAAGAGCUGGGCCGACCACUUACUCACUUUGGAAACCAGAAGCCGAAUUAACUCCUUUAACAUCUUAUCAGUCCAUACAGUACCAUCAAGAGAAACGUCGCCAAGCUUUGUUAGAAGUAAAUGAUACGCCACCACAAGAGAACGAAGUCUUUUACCCCCUAGAGGGUCCAGUACAAAUUGCUGAUGAAGCUACAGAACUUAUUAAACCAAUAGAAGUCGCACCAGAAGUGCCAACUACAGCAAAAGCUAUAGUUCCUGAACAACCUCAAGUUGAGGAAGAAGAAAAGCCAGCUGCAGAUCCUAAACCAGAGUUAGAGAAGAAGAUACCAGCCAAAAAACCUGAAGUGGUUGAUGAAGAGGAUGACGAUGAAGAUGAUGAGGACUUAUCAUCUCAACCUAAGUUCCCUGGCAAUGCUUUCUUCCCCAUGUUCUUUGGAUGGGGAGGUGGAAGUGGACCUGUAGCAAUCGCUAAUUCGUUCAGUAAAGGACGUGGUGGUGCAGCCGCUAGCGAAGCCACUGCCUAUGGAAGCUACAUACCGCUUGUAAAAUCAGCUCCUCUGAAGUCACAUUAAAAUGCUCUCAGAAUUAUUAGAUUUUUUUAAUUGUAUAAAUUUUUAUUAUUUUUUGGGCUG